ACUUUCACGGCCUGGUGCAACUCUCACCUGCGGAAGGCAGGAACGCAGAUCGACAACAUCGAGGAGGAUUUCAGAGAUGGACUCAAACUCAUGCUGCUACUGGAGGUCAUCUCAGGGGAGAGGUUACCUAAACCUGAAAGAGGCAAGAUGAGAGUUCACAAGAUCAACAACGUCAACAAAGCGCUGGACUUCAUCGCCAGCAAAGGAGUCAAGCUGGUGUCCAUCGGCGCAGAAG